AUCAAUUUCGCUUUAUGUUUUAAGAGUGUGCACUGUGCACGCAAUAGGUAUUGAUAUCCACACCACUCUCAAUAGACCAGUUCGAAGAUACAAUCUGCGCAUGCACAGAAUGGUCACUUUUACAAAAUUGUAAAACCCACUGAUCUGCUAUUCUGCUACUUGUCAAAGCCUGUUCAUCUAGACAAGGGUGAUCUUCUGCCGACGGUGGACGGCUUGUGCGAAUUUGUGCCUAAUUAUAUGCAUGUAUAUGGUGCAAGUAAAAAUGAUGAUGUUGUGACUAUACUCGCAGCUGGUGGCUUCCUUCAACUGCUUCAAUUGGGCAACUCAAUGAUAUCCCAGUCUUUCAAGAAGCUGUACUUGUAUUUGUAAGAACCAGAGGAUGUACCAAGUCUGGUGAAACGAAGAAAAUGUUGACUUCUUAUAGCUCUGCCUUUCUGUGUGAUGUAAUCUGGAAUAGGGAUGGCUUUCUGGUGGUGGGGGAUCUUGUACAUCAUGGGUAGACGUGAUUGCAGUCGUCGCUCUUGUAGAGUUGGGAGUCCGAUGUCUCGGAUUUGAUUCGUACCCCCUCCUCUGAACUUUCUCAAGCCUGUCUAUCUUGUUUUGCCGAUACGUGCUCAUGAAAGUUAUGUAAUCAUUCUUCAUGCAUGCCACUGUGAUACAUUCUAUUAAACACAGGUGGAAGUAAUUCUUUCAAGAGGGCAAAUAAAGAAUCACCUCCAUGACUUUAGCUGUGAUUAUAACUGACACAAAGUGGGAUUUAUCUACCUUUAAAGAUCUGUGGAUAUUUGGGGUCAUCUGAACCAUUUUGCUAACUACGAACUGGUCUAAGGAUAGGCCUUUGUCACAUUCACAAGCAGAUCAUCUUCAGCAGAGGCGACGUCGCACAGGGAGCAUUCCUAAAUGAAUGAUUCACCGCUUUCUCCAGUUUGAAGUUUCUGCAGAAAAGAAGAAAAGCAGGCGUAGUGAGAGAGGAAAGGGGACGCGUGAGUGAGACGGUUCCCCAUCACUGUGAUAUAGGAGGCAUCCAUGCCAUAGCUGUGUAUUUCAUCAAGCGUUCAGGCAGCCUAGGAUGAAGACACACCAUCUGCCAUGCCAGUGUGGAGAGCAAGGGAGUCUUUUCGCAUGUGGGAUUUGGCUUUAUAGCUUCUAGGAAGGAAGGUUGCCUAGCUAGUCUGGAAGUGGAUUAAUCCCAAAAGCCCGUCCACUUGAUAAACCAAUACGAAGAAACCACCACCAGCACCACGGAGGAUUUGACUCUUCAUCACCACUCUGCAGAUGAUCUACCAACCAUGAAGGAACUGCCCAAAUCGAAGAAAAACCGGUUGAUGUUCUUCUGGACACUGGUGAUGGUGACGACCAUCUGGUUGGUCCUCUGGUCCAUGUCCGACGGGUACGACCGCUUCACGUGGCAGGAGGAAGUGUCAUCAAUACCUGUCGUGUGUCACCCUUCAACCACCAGGGAACUCCAGUCAACGAUUGGCGAGAAUGGUACAGGGCAGUGCUCCCCUCAGCAUCGUGUAGUCUUCAUAAAGACUCACAAGACCGCCAGCAGUACCACGGCUUCCAUUCUCGAGCGGUACGGCUACCGCCACAAUCUCUCUUUCGCUGUUCCUCCUGCGGGUCACAUCCUCGCGCAAAAAAUACCCUUUCACCGCUCCCUAGUCGCCGACCACGGCUCAUCCACCACAAACAACUGCUCCGACCAUGACCAUGGGCUCGACAUGCUGACCAACCACGCCAGAUACAAUCGGCCAGAGAUGGAAGCCGUGAUCCACCACGCCAAAUACUUGACCAUCCUUCGCGAGCCAACGGCGCAGUUCGAAUCGGCCUUCGGCUAUUUCCAAGUUGCUGAGAAGCUCGGCUUGUCCAGGUAUGAAAACCCAAUAGAAGCAUUUAUGACAGACCCAGAGACGUACCUCAAUAUGAGAAAGUUUGAUUACUACUGGCAGGCUAUGAGAAACCAACAGCUCUUUGAUCUGGGGCUCGAUCACAAAGACCACGACGACGAAUACAUCGUAAAUUAUAAGAUCGCUUCUCUGGAGAAGGAACUCGACUUAGUCAUGUUGACAGAAUACUACCCUGAAUCCAUAGUCCUCCUCAAGAAGAUGCUUUGUUGGGACUUCGAUGACAUGUUGUACCUGUCCAACGGCGUCCGUAGCAAGUCCAUUCGCUACUCCAUCUCACCUGAGCUGCGUGCGAAGAUCCGUAACUGGAAUUGCGCCGACGGCAAACUCUAUGAUCACUUUAACAAGACUUUCUGGAAGCAGGUCAAGGAAUACGGACCCGACUUCGACAAGGACCUCGCUACAUUCCUUCGCAAGCAACAAGAACUCGAAGACGAGUGUAUAGAUUUAAGUGCAACAAAGGACAGUCGCCGAGAAGUCGUUUACCAAUUGAAAUCGAACGCCAGCAAGAGGUGCGCGGAUGUUCUUCGUGGAGAUGUAGACUAUACAUCCCUUAUACAGGAUCGGAUGAGAGAAAACGGCGAAGCACCGUCCAAAUUUUCGUUUGCAUAUCUCCGUGAUGUAUACAACUCCAUCUUCGUUUAGUGUAUAAGGUUUUGCUUUAGAUGGGAUAUCAACAGGAGAUCAUAAUCAUGAAAUACCAAUCGCUGUCACUUCCAUGGGCGUUCUAGAUUUGUAUGCGGCUUGUUGAACAAGCUAUGACGUUAUUUCAAUGUGCUGUGAGGGCUUUGAAAGUCUUCGAGUGAAUAUCGGUGUUCUUAUGCAAAAUAACAUUGAUAUAUUAUAUGCUGCCGAUAGUAGUCAUGUGGCUGUAAAUGUAUAUUUUGUAGAUUUUUUUUACAGGUUCGAGAUAUACCCUGGUGAUCAAACGCUUGUACAUAAGGAACGAGGAUAUUGGGAAAUCCCUCAACAUAACUAUACACCAUAUGCGAUGAAGUAACUAAACGCCGAUUAAAAUUGUUCUGGCAUGGAGGAGCGACUACCUCUCCAGGCAUAUAGUAAAGACUUUGUUGUACCUCGAACACAUGGACGUCAACCACUAUGUUGGAAGGACCAAGUCCGCCAUGAUGGCGGGAUAAGUCUGGAAGCCGCUGAAAGACCAUGCUCAAGAUAAAACUGAAUGGAGGCCGACUUCUAGGAGCAUAAGGGAACACCUUGUAAAAAGACUGAAGUGAUUUUUAGUUUCGAUUUCGAUCCCGCUUAUUCAUGAACGACGCAAUGUGCUGCAACAGUUAUUAUAGAUUCAAAGUUUCAAGUUAUUUUGCACUUUCAGCUAAUUUAUAAUUUGUUAUUCAGAGCAUUGUGCGUCAAAAGAUAAAUAUGAAACGUCACUAAAACGUGACACUUUAACUUCCAUGGGUUAAUGGUGCAAUAGUUGCAUUGCGGUGCUAGAUUAGCGCAGCUAAUAAUGCAAUCAAAAUAAAACCCUAUGUGCAGAUGUUGAACAAUAAUUAUUGUAGCAUACAACUGUGCAGCGUUCGCCAAAAAUGUAAGUAUUACGACAUCAGUGCUACCCAUUUAAUGCAAAUGAUAUCGAAGUGUUGAUAUGUUAAAGUAUUAAAUAAUAGAAAACAAUUAUAAUUUUGAAAUGUUGAUUUGUGAAGUAUUACUUGUAUUUGGAUCUUCCAUGUUGACUCCUCUAUGUUGUCUCCUCUUGAUAUUGUAAUUUACAUUAUAGGCUGAAUUGACGCUGUCAUUAAGCAUUUCCUAUUUCGACCUUCAGACGAAACAAUCGAAUGAGGUUGAUUCAAUAUGUAUUGUCACUUAGGGCAAAACACCUCUUAUGACGUAAAAGGGAGAUCGAAUUUGAUCCUUUAAACUGAUGGAGGUUUAUUAUUAUCUAAUUUUAAGAACUGUUGUUUAUGCAGGGGCACUAAUACUUUUUUUUGGAACGCAGAAGAGUGUACAUGUAAGUUUAAGAGUCAUAGUGGAGAUCAUUUGGUGUUUGACUUGAAUCCACUCCGAAGUAGAGGUUUAUUACUCUUUUGAGAGUGAAUUUUAGCGUGGAUUUUCCACACCAAAACAAAAUGAAUCAUAAUAUGACUCCCCCACGAUGAUCUUCACUUUAGACUUGUACAUUUAGACAGUUCAGGAUGGAGGCAGGUGGAGUCCUACCCCGGCUUGGACAACCCUGAAUAUGUGACAUUACCGAGACUGCAUUAUAAAAUAUUCAUAAUGUGUUUUUAAUAAGGUUGAUUUAGGUUUCAAUUAAUAUAUCAUUCCCAAUGCACUUGGUCUUUAUGGUAACAAUGACGGAUUUCGAUUGAGCGGAAAUUGGAUCCAGUUUCCAUGAAACGGCAAUUACAGUGACAAUACGCUAGCGGCGAAGAGUGGGAUCGCUUGCCCGGAAAGCUGCAUCACAAAAAGUGAAGAAGGUGCAUGUAGCAGAAUAUUCUGCACGUGACCUCACUUUGCAUGUAUGUAUGAAUGUAUGAAAUAGUUAUUGUGGAAAUAGAUAUGAAUGAGGAUAUCGGUUCUCUCUUAAGACUUUUUGCUGCAGCUGUUGAUCUUGCAAUGUAUUGUGUAAAAUAAUUACAGAGUUAGAAAAAUAGCUUUAAUUACGUGUAGCCUAUACCAAUAUAUAUCUUUCCUUUUAAUUUCGAUUAACUUGAGUGGAUAAGGUAUGCUGUCCACAUGCAUGAUAUAGUGUGCGAUCUCAUCCCGCGUUCUUUUUAGGACAUUUUUUUGGUUCAUGAAUAUUAACUUCUUUAACAUUCCGUUUCCAUGGCAAUGCCCUUUUUUCUUCAAAUGACUCAAAUUUUGAUUACAAUUAAACAUGCAGCUAAAACUAUUAGAUGCUUAAUAUUUGUUUCAAGUUGUUGAACAAUUUAGUACUUUCUAGAAUUCCAUUUUUUAAUUGUUUUUUUUUUUUACCAUGAUAACGGUGUUAUUUUAGAAGUCAUUAAAACAUGUUCUUCAAAUCGA